AGCGGGACCAUUUUUGGAUAUGGCUAUUGUGUGAUUGCUCCCUAACAUCGUCCAACUAUUUAUCCCAAUGAGGUUGAACUUGUACGAAGCUUGCAGAAGUUAGACGCGCUGGGACGGAAUAUACAUAUUGUAUAGGAUAAUACCGAAGAUAAGGCUCCAUACAGAUGCAACUUUGAGUAAAUGUCGACCAUGGUUAAAGUCUUUGUAGGGCUCGUGGUAGUCACGUAAUAAUAUUGGCGACUGGUUGUGUGCUAAGGUGGCAAGAUCAAGAGGCCUAACUGGAAGAUGCAGCAUAGAUACCAUGUCCUGUUCCAUACCGGCGACAAUUGGGGACGCGGUUGUGCAUCAAGCGUGGCCUUCGAGGUCUUUGGAAGCCAGGGACGCCUGCUUUCCAGCCAGUGUGCUAAAAAGGAGGUUGCGCCGGUCACAUGGAAUCGAGCGCAGGUUGCCUCCAGGCAUGCAGCCGCCAGGGCACCCCGCGGUGCUGCUGGUGGGGGGGAAGCGGGAGCUGGACGGGGCGCCGACACGUCCCCACCGGGUCGGCUGUUGGAGCCGCGUCGCAACGUGUUUGCGCUGUUCUCCAAGUGGCUGCUGUCCUCCGGCGGCGGUGCGCAGCUCAAAGCGCUUCUGCAGAGCGUGGACGGCUCCGCUGACGGCGUGCUCAGCAUGGAGGAAGUGAAGCAGCUGCUGGCAAAGGCCAUUCCCCGGGUGUCGGACCUGGAGACGCAGCUCUUCUCCGCGAUGGUGGACGUGAACGGUGACGGAGUGAUCAGUGAGGAGGAGCUGCGGCAGAGCCUGGCGGACUGCGCGGACAUUGACUCGGCGGUGGUGGGGGGCGGUAACCCGGGUCUGGCUACAUCGGCAACGUCUGGUAGCCCUGUUGGCGUGGGGGCCGUAGCGACCGCCGCGGCUGCUGUUGCUGGCUCCAGUGCCCAGAGCAGCUCCGGUGCUGCCCCACCCCCCGGCGGCGGGGGCAGCAGCGGAG